CAACACGGUCAAAGGUCAUGCUUCGCAUCAUGGUGGAUGAAUCUGUAACCUACUCUGUAGACGCCGUUGAUAUCGUCCUAAAAUUUGGUCUCUUCUUAGGUGCAAUUUUUCAGAUUGUUGCAAUAUUGUCUAUUUUGGUACUACCAAGAAGAACAUCGGAUAAGGAGUUACAGGAGACUGCUGCUGAAACUGAUGACAUUGAUGUUGCAGAAGUUCAACUAUCUCAGAGUCAAGUAAAAAGACCAAAGCAAGAAAAGAAAAAGAAGAAGUAGACAUUUCUUUCAGAUAACUGAUAUAAUUUGAAACGAUGGCAAAAUCCAGAGCUAAAUCUCGGCAUACGAAGGCGAAGAAUACCGCAGCCUCCUCCAGCAAUAGAGGGAGACCCAGUACCAGGAGCCCAAAAGGAAAAUCCAAAUCUGGACGCAAGCCGCUAGAGAUUAAAGUCACAAGAGCCAGAGGUAAGAAAGAUGCUUGGGAAUCGAGGGCCGUCUUCUCUUCCAACACGUCUGGCACAAUGUUCAGGAGCAUUGGGGUCAACACCGAGCCUGUCGAAUUUGCAUCUGAUGCCAAGGGGGGUGGUCCAAAGCGAGCCAAGGUGCCCAAGAAUGAGCCGUUGCUGCAGAAGGUGGUGACCUACAUGCGGACCUUCAACCAUGCCAGAGCCCUGAGCGCCCUUCUCACCAGCCCUUCGGUUCGCAGUGCUCUGCCGGCAGUGGUGGAAGUCGAGGUACGCAAAGAAGUUCAGAGGUUUGUGAAGAAACCCUUGAGCUUUCCCAGUCCACAGAUCGUAGCUACAGGAGACAAGACACAUCGCAUCACCGAGUCAGCCUGGGGACAUAUUCUGGCUGAGUUCAAGAAGGAGAUGCCAGUAUUCUACAUGUCAUGUAUGGCAGCCCUGGCCCCUAAGAACAAACAGUACACCAUCAACAACCCUGACAGCUACGAAUCGUCCAACAGAGGCAGACUUGGUAUGAUAAUGACCAUUCCACUUUUCACUCGUCGCGAGCGCAAGUUUCAGUAUCUAUCGAGUCUCAUUGGUGGUCAGCUCUGGCGCCAUGGAUGCCGGCAGAGGAUCUUUCAUGAGUUGUAUCGUCUUGGGGUGAGUCAGAGGAGGCACGGAUCUAUGGAUGCUGCUAGAUGGUUAGAAGGAGAGACCACCAAAGGAGACAGGAUUAUGAAACAAAAAUACAAGAUAAUGGAUGAGGUAGAAGCUUUACAGAAUGGAGUCCUGCCAAGUGCCGAGCGCUAUGAAACAAGCGAUGAUGAAGGAAGCAGUGAGAGCGAUGAUGACGAGAGCGAGGAGGAGGUUGACGAGUCUAGCGAUGGAGAGAGUGAGGAGGAUCUCCUAGAAGAGAGUGAUGAGGAAGACGAGAUCAUGGCCAAACCAGAGAGGGUCAGAGGUCGCGGUAAGAGGAGCCAGCAUCAAGUGGUGAUUGAGGAAGCGGUGAUGGAUGACAACUGGCAAAACGAUGGGAAAGGAGGGAAAAGGAGCAGUUCAGAAGUUGUCAUCUCUGAGAUGGUGAAGAUUGCGGAACAGAUGUCGGAGACGUCAGAGCAGAUGAAGUCCUCUUUGAAACGGAAGAGAAUUCCCAGACCAGAGGAGGUGACAGUCCUGUCCCAGGAUAACAACCAGAUUGUCCUGCAGGUCAGCAAAGAAGGAAUGGUGAUCCCCGUCUCGGAUGCUUCAUCAGGGGUGCCCAUCAUGGUGGAGCCGUCGGGUCAAGGAGGCUUCAUGAACAUAAAAGAAGUCAUGAUGGAUGGGGUACCCACCCAGAUUGUCCAUCAAGAAGUUGUGACGGAGGAAGAAAUGGAUCCUGAGAUGAUGGCUGCACAGCUGUUGCAGCAUGUCCUUCCAACAGAGAUAAUCACCUCUACUCAGACCAUUCCACAGGAGGUCGUGACCUCUACGAUGCUGCAGACCGUAUCUCCAGAGCAAGCUGUCCAUGAGGUAGUCACCAUCCAGGAGACUCCAGGAGGGCAGCAGACAAUAGUCACCCAGAAUGUGGUUCCACAGGAGAUCAUCCAGGAGCAAGUGGUCCAGGAGCAUGUGGUCCAGGAGGUCCAGGAGGUUCCAGGAGAAGAGAUUAUCCACGAGGAGAUUGUUCAGCAGGAGGUGGUGUUAGAUGGAACCAUGCAGGGAGGAGGAGGAGGAGACCUGCAAGGCGAGAUGGUACCCACUCAGAUCAUGACCGACAUGGGCGACAGCGAAAUGACGACCGUUGUUGUUACGACCGAAGUUGUCACAACAGAGGAUGGAGGGACGACACAAGUUGUUAUGGUCGCAGAAGAUCAACGAACCCCCAAAAAGAGGCCAGCAGAAGCGGAACCAGAAUCAGAGGGCAAGCGAAAGAGGAAAAUAAGAGCUCCUUACUCCCCUUGAUAGACUAAAUACCUAUGAAAAUCUGUUCCCCAAUCUAUUUUAUUACGAGUCACGACAUUUGUUUAAUUUUGUAAUUGUAUUUCAGUGCUAAAAUAAAAUGUAAAUAAAGCUUUAUGAAAGACUGUUCAAUUUUUAAUGCUCUUAGGUGAACAUCUGUUGAUUGAUUGUUUGUCAUAUUUUGUAAAUGCAAUGGUAUGGAUUAUUUUCACAUGACCUUCAAACAUGAGUGAACAUUGCUACUAUCACGUCCUGUAUUGGGAGUGCUAGCUAUUCAUUCCAUAUCUUUAGAUCCAAUUUUUUAAAGAAUUAUCAGUCAUGGUAGUGCAAAAAGUAUGGAAUACCCAAUUCUGUGUCAAACAGUAAUAAAGUUUGGUUGGAUUUUUCUUCUGUUUUCUCUGAUGUUGCCACUACCAGUUUGCUAUGGUUUACCGUAAGCAAAGAGUGUUGCUAUGGACAUAGGAUAAUAGAUUUGUUUUUCAUGGUGGUCAUGAGUUCUCGUAUUGAAAAUGUUGUCAACUCCCUGUGCAAUGGAGUCGUCAUUGGGGUUUCAAAGACCAGUAUAAUACAAAAUAGCUAAAAUAUAUAUUAACCAUAUACCCUGAAAUUACUAAGUCAGAUUGAUACACGAGGGCCAAAUUUAUUCAUAGAAAUCCCUGCAUGCCUGUUGCCCUUUCAUUCUUUAGUUUUUACUUGGCUGUUUAACAUUAUACAUUACAUUUAUUGAUACAUAUAUUGUUCAAUUUGUUGUGUCUUUUAACAUCCAUAGUACAUUUGUUCUGGAUUUUGUGCAAAUCUUGGUUUUCUGGUCAUCCCCAAACUCAAGAUUACCUUUAAGGAAACAAUAGAAAAACCACAAAUGUUACAUCAUUCAAUACAUCUGUAUACCUCAUUUUUUCUCUCCUUGAAGUGGUAUAAUUUUGAUGUGCAUUAUUUCCUUGGAACCAUUUUUAUCAUAAUAAUAAGAUAGAAGACAUAAUUAAACUGUUUCUUUGAAAACUGUUCUAAAAAUAUAUUGUUUCUUUAAAAUAGCCCCUUUUAUUCCACAUUCAUAAUCCAUGUAUUUCUAUUUGUUGUCAACUUGUUAUUAUCUUGUUUAUUGAAGGCAUGGUGGCAUGAUGAUGGUUUCCGUAUAUAUUGCAUCUUGAAAAUAUGUUAUCCAAUGAAUUCUCCUUCAGUUGUUGUACAUUGUAGCUGAUUAUAUUGUGAAUUCAUACAUUGUAAAUACUUUCUAUGGUACAUAUGUACAUAAAGCUAAAGCGAAAUAUUGUUGAUUUUUGUAAGCUUCAUUUGUAUUGCUAUCAAAGCAACAAAUGGCCCUUUUAGUGUAUAUAUGAUUGUGUAAAAUAAGAAUAGACAACAGAAGUUGGGAAAAACCGAUUGUCAAAUGCUUGAUUUUGCGUACUAACACCAAGACAAUGAUUUCUUAUUUUCUGAUUGGUGAUGCAUUUGUUAAAGAGAAUGCCAUGGAUGAUUGUGAUGACCCAUUUCUUUUAAUCUUUUUAGAUACCGACAGUUUUGCACCUGUCAACUACUGUCCUUAUAUUUUAAAUAAACAGAUUCUCUGUGUAUGAUUAUUAUUCAUUUGGCUACUAUAUUGUUUCCAUAAAAAUGUGUGCCAAUCCUAGUUGCUGAUGGAAAGAUACAAACAUGUCUUACAUGCUCUAGAUGCUAAUGCUUUUCAUUUUACUCAAUGCAUUUACAGUCCAAGAAUUCUUGAAUGGAUAUUAUCAUUAUUAUUUGACUACGGAGGGUUUGAAAAGAACUAUUUGAUAUUCUUUAGCUUGUUUUUAUUUGCCAGUAAAGAAAUUGUAAAUUUAGAGUUAUUAGCUCAAUUUAGAAAACAAAACUCACUCAGUACAGACAUCACAUGACAUGAAAUCCAGUUUUAAAAUGUUGAAAGUAUGGAUUUGUUGUACAUGUAUUUAUAUAGGGGCUCCAGUAAACAAACUUAAAAAUGGUUUGACCUGUAUUGGCACGUGACACAAGCUGUAAAUAUAUUUUGAUAUAUAUGUGUACACCAAUGUUUCAUAAAGCUAUCUACAUAGCACAAUUAUCACAGGAUUUUUUUUUUUUUUUUAAUUUAGUUUUUUGAAAUUUGAUAAUAUCACACUAUUCUCCAUCUUCUUUUGCAUGGGAAUGAUGAAAUGUAAAUGUGCAGUGCAAAAUGCACAGCCAAAUUUUAGUGUAAAGUUUUGAAGUGCAUGCCGAGUUUCUGUGUUAACCAAUGUAUACCUAGCGUAAACUAUUUACAUUUUUAUUGUGUACUGCUAGAACAAGAAACUGGAGGCUGUGGGGAGAAAAGGUACAGAACACAUUCUUCAUUGACAUGCCUCACUUUUCUCAUUUUAAUUUUUUUCCCCAAUUUAAACAAAAGUGAAAGUUUGCAAAUUUUCAGGGUGAAAACUAUCAGUAUUUAGGCCGGUCCUUGUUCUAGCAGUACAUAUUUUCAUUGUUAUGGUGUUCAUGUAUGUGUAAAAACAAAAUCUAUAUUUCAUUUCCUUCAAAGUUAUCACAUAUUUUGCAAAGAGUGGAAAUAAAAUGUAGUCUCUCUGUAAA